CAGACUUCAGUUCUUCUUCCCACUCAACCGUUCCUACUUCAAUCCUUAUUUCGAAGAUUUUCUUGCCCAUCCACAGACUCUACCUACAGCCUACAGGGAGAGAGGGAUGGCCAUGAACUAUCAUCUCUCCAUCUCCAUCUCCAUCCCUUCAAUUCUACCAACCAAACACUCAAUCCAAACCGUCUAUCCAAGACCUCCCAUUCUACUCUCAAAACGACCUGGAAGAAUUAGCAGGACGGCCAGCGUCGUUGCGCAGUCGAAGGGCAGCAAUUCCGCCGACGCUCCUGACCGUUUGAUCUCAGCAAUAGUUUACUUCUACCCCUUCUUCGACGGCGUCCAGUACGGGAAAUACGUGAUUACCCAAUUUUCCCCAUUCCAGGCUUUCAUCCAGCCUUUGCUUCCGGCAAUUAGGGUCUUCAAGAGCUUCCCCUUCAACGGUUUCCUCGUUUUCCUGACGCUUUACUUUGUUGUUGUCAGGAACUCCAAUUUCAGUAGGUAUGUGAGGUUCAAUACUAUGCAAGCUAUUGUUCUCGAUGUGCUGCUAAUAUUUCCUGACCUUCUGGAGAGGACUUUCAACGCAAGAGAUGGAUUAGGGUUAGAAUUGAUGAUGAGCCUGGAUAGCACCGUGUUCUUGUUCCUCUUGGUUUGCCUGAUCUAUGGCUCCUCUUCUUGCUUGCUGGGUCAGCUUCCCAGGUUGCCCCUUGUAGCUGAGGCUGCUGAUAGGCAAGUCCUUUGAUUUGAACAGAAACUCCUUCAUAGGCUAGUCAUCUUUUCAGCUGUUCAUAUGUAUAUUUUGAUCAUUCCUUUUUUCAGAAACACAAAUUAGAGGCAUGAAAAUUUCAAUCAUAAGUUAACAAGGAUUACUUCAUAAAUUGGUGUUAAAGAGUUUUAUUGAUCUUUUGA